AACAAGCGCAAGAGGGAGAUGGGAGGCACCCCCCACUUAUUAGAUUUUGUUGUAAGGUCCUGCUCACAAGUGAAGAUGCUGCUGCGCCUCCGUGAGGGAAGCUGCAAUGAGCGGCUGAAUCUCUGCGUCCCGCUGAACUUCUGGAGCACCAAGGAGCCAGAAAAACAACUCCUGAGACGCACAGACUGAGGCUGCUCUGCGUGGAUCAUUUCACCACCGAAGGAAGAGACUGCGCGUUUUUGACAGCACAUCUUGGCUUCGUGCGCAGCGCUGGAGAGCUCCGGGUUGACUUGGGUGGACUGGAAACGCUGACAUCGGGCUGUCAUCCGUCACGAAGUAUCGUGUUUUUUUCAGUAAAACGAUGUAAACAUUUUUUUAUUGCAUUGCUUGUUGUUUCAGUUUUUGCUCGCCAUUCAGAUGAGACGCUCCGCUGUACGCGCGUCUCCAAACGAGGACGCACGGAGAUUCAGCUUCAAAUUACACAAGUGUCAACAUUUACUCUAACCCGAUCCCUCACAUUCAAUGUAAACGACUCCAAAUUCGAUUCUCACAAAUUAAUUCUUCCCGUUUUUGAGGACAGCAGCCUGGUUGAUCCAUUUUGGAGAAAGGCACAUUUUGCGCAAAACAAGUUUUUGAUUGUUUGGGCUUUAACUCUGCAAGGACUGUGGAACGGCAGUUUUUGGAGGGAAAUUGGUUCUACAAAGUGGCAUAAUUGAAGAGCACUGAUCUGUGUCUUGACGCAUUGCCCAGGACUGCUUUGUGUGCUUAAAAUGGACUUGGAGGACCUGCCGCGGGGGGUACAGGGGAGCUUUCAUUUGGAGAAAACACAAAGCAAGUGAGAUAAGUCUGGAAAGAUAACCACAGCAUGGCCUCGGUUCUGGACAACGGCUGCUCCAUGGAGCUGAGCGGCUGGAACAGCAGUGUGAGCAUCUCCGGAGCCUCCGUGCCCUGCAACCAGAGCGUCCUGAAGCUCGCCCCUUACUCCCCCGAAGCCACGGCGGCCUUUGCCACCGCCAUAACCCUAAUGGUGCUCUUCACCAUCGUGGGAAACAUCAUGGUCAUCAUCGCCGUGCUGACCAGCAGGUCUCUCCGAGGUCCGCAGAAUCUCUUCUUGGUGUCUCUGGCCGCUGCGGACAUUUUAGUGGCCACACUCAUCAUCCCCUUCUCCCUGGCCAACGAGCUGCUGGGCUACUGGUACUUCAAAUCUCUGUGGUGUGAGAUCUACCUGGCGCUGGAUGUGCUCUUCUGCACUUCCUCCAUCGUGCACCUGUGCGCAAUCUCCCUGGACCGCUAUCUGUCCAUCUCCAGGGUCACUUACGGGCGUCAGCGGACUGCGAAACGCAUCAAAGCCGCGAUUGUAGUGGUGUGGCUCAUCUCUUCUAUCAUCUCCUUUCCUCCCCUGCUCUCCCUGAACAAAAGUGAGGGAGGCGACCUGGGGAGUGAGAGAGGACCUCAGUGCCAGCUGAAUGAUGAGCGCUGGUACAUCCUCUACUCCACCAUUGGCUCCUUCUUCGCACCAUGUCUCAUCAUGAUCCUGGUCUACAUAAGAAUUUAUCAAAUAGCCAAGCAGAGGACACGCUGCCCCCCAGGAGAGCCCAGGAAGGAUGGGGUCGGCUGUGCAACACCAAGGCAGCCCCCUCGACACGUGCAAGCCAAUGGGAAGAAUGAGGAAGAGAGCACUCCCCCUUCGUCCAACAAAACCUCAAACGCCAGACCCCCCACCCUCGCCAUAACCCCUUCCCCAACCCCAGGAGAGUCUCCAAACUCCCAGAAUCCCACCGCCAAUAAUCUCCUGCAGCCUCCAUCCCCUUCUCCAGCCAUGUCCCCGGUCACUGCCUCCCUUGAUACCUCUCCUCAUGGCCCCUCGACCCCUUCCUCUGUGCCUCUGUCUACACACAAGACGAAAGAGGAGGGGAAGAAGGGCAAGCGUCUGGGAGGGAAGAAGGCCGACAACAACAACGGUGACAGCUCAAGCACAGAAAGUGACAUGGAGCACAGCCAUGGAGGAGGUCGUGGCAGCACCAGCAUGCCAGGGUCGCCAGGAGGAGGGGGGAUCCAUUCCCCGGCCUCAGUGAAGCGCUACAGGGAUAUGAUCGCCACUUCAAAGGGGGCUCGGCUGGUGCCAGGGAGAAAGUCAAAAACAGACACCAACCCCGGAGCAGCGAGGCGUAAAGCCAUGGUGAACAGAGAGAAACGCUUCACCUUUGUUCUGGCCGUGGUUAUCGGUGUCUUUGUGGUGUGCUGGUUCCCUUUCUUCUUCUCCUACUCCCUGCAGGCAGUGUGCCCAGAGACCUGCGCCAUCCCAGACCCACUCUUUAAGUUUUUCUUCUGGAUUGGUUACUGCAACUCUUCCCUCAACCCCGUCAUAUACACCAUCUUCAACAAAGACUUCAGAAAGGCCUUCAAAAAGAUACUGUGCAGAAGCACCAAGGGUACUUUCUUCUAGCAUACAAAUCUGCUGUAGAGGACAUGGACACGCACACAUAAAAAAAAAAAAAACGCUGUUUCUGAGGUAAAAAAAAAAAGCAACAAUCAUUUCCAUUUUUCAGAACACUCAAAGGGCUGUUUUAAAAACAUGUCGAACUGUGCAAAUUCCAGCGUAAAAUUCAGAACUGAGACACUUUUACAGACGCAGCGUGCAAACAGGCAACUUGGACUGUGAAAUCCCAGCUUGCAACUGAGAGACAAAUUUUUACAGGGUAUGGGAGGACAUGAAAAAGAGGCCGAGCAGGACUUCACUUUAAUGCUUUGCACUUCAGUAUUGCUGACAAGUUUUCCAAUGCAAAGUUUUAUCUCCACAUCACACCGAAUAAGUAUUAAUUGUGAGAGAAAAAGUGGUGCAGCACAGAAGAAAUGUUACAAAACUGAUGGGUCUGUAAGAAAUCAGAAGAACUGACUCCUCAAUAUGUAUACAGAUUGCUUCAUAUAUAUAUAUACAUAUAUAAAGUUUUGUAGCUACUAAAGACUCCAUGACUAAUGGGGAGAAAAGACGGGUUAAAAAGAAGGAAAAAUGACCUUAGAUUCUUGUGAGCCUAAGGCCUUUUAUUCAUCGAUACAGAGCACAAGGUGCACACAAGGUUAGUGGUGAUUUCUUACGUCUACAGUCUUAAUUUGCCCGGCUGUAGGGCAAACAUGUGCUCCUCGAUUUUUAUCUAAAAGUGCAACAACAAGAGAGGGUUUCUGAUUCGCUCAAAUAUGAUAGCACAAACAAGGGCACCCUUUCAGACUUCAUGUGUGUGGAAAGCCUUCACAUCAGAAGUCUUGCUCUUAGCUCAGUAUUGAUCACAAUGGACACUCAGGUUGUUUGUAAAGAUCCUCUUCUCCUUUCAUGAAAUACUGAAUAAAUGUUAUGGAUUUUGGACUUCAAAGAAAAUCACAUUUAUGUCCUGAAGAUGUGGAUGGUUGGACACUCCUUCCACCUGAACCAUCACAUUAAUGAACUGACCUGUCUUCUUCAGUAUGUCUCAGUAUUUGGACGUUUUUCAACAAUAAAAGCUUAUUUUGAGCUUCAGUAUCUAAUGGGAGGUGCAUCUACUGAAGACUGACAAAAAAAACCCUGAUUCUUAUGAUAAUUUAACUUGUGAACAUUAUUUCCUUGCUUCCUGAGGAGCAGCAGUAUUUAUCAGGUAGACAUUCAUUUUGACUUUGAAGGACAGAUGAACAAUGCAAUUACGGGCGAUGUUACCCCUAAUUACGCCCACAUGGGUUCCACCGAGAACCGUCUGGCUGAGUCACUCUUUAUCAACGCCUCUGGCACAUCAUCGCCUGCAGCGGACUUCUAUGUGGCACAUUUGGUGUGUUGCUGAGAGGCAAAGGAGGACGAACAUUUAUUUUUCUCACCAAGACACUGAGGCUCUGUCAGUUUCCUCGACACAAAGAGGAAGAAAAAAAAAACCCGUGUCUGUAACUGUGAACAGCACACAGGCUUAUUGACUCAAUGGGACAAGGGCUGUCAGCAGCAACACAUCAACUUACUAACUGUCUAAUUCUGCUGACCUGUGUGAGUGUGUGCGUGUAUGUGUGCGUGCAUGUUGACUUUUAUUGUUCUCUUCUGUAGAAAGUGUCAGUGCCUCCUCUGGCUGCUAUGUACUGCAGAUCUACUGUAAUAUUGAAGAAAAGAGACCAGAUUUUGUUCUGUUUUUUUUGUUGUUGUUGCUGUUGUUUGGUAGGCAUCGCAUUGCUGUCUGUCAUGUGAAUGUUUCACUUGGUGGGAGGUUCAGCAGUAAAACAGUAUAGCUGCGUUGAGAAAGUCUUAUCGGUGAUAGUGAGUACAUGGCUUUUUAGUGAUCACCCUCAAGGGACCAAAGAGCCUUAUCGGACAUGAGCCUGUCUCAGUGAUUUCUGGCUCUGUGUUGCUUUAAUGAAGUAUUAGUUUAUAUUUGGUGUAUGUGACAGGAGGCAAAGGUUGAAGUUAUUGUAUUAUUUAUUUCAAACUAUUUUGUGUUUUCUGUCUGUUACCUAUUUAUUGUUCAGUUACUGUGCUUUUAUUAUGAAAACGAAGCAAAUUGAAACUGAUCAAAGAGCGAGAGCACACUUAAGAUCUCGAAUAAGAGCAAAUUUGAUUUCUGCCAUCAGGCUCUUGCUUUGUCAGCUAUAUUUAAAGCUUGGGGAAUGAACUUUGAGUUAUGUGCAUAAUGCAGAACCUACAAUGCAACAUUUAUUAUCAUUGUUUCAUCUAGUUAGAGUACAGUAAAAAUGUUCACACAUACAAGCACAUUCAUGGAUGUACAAAUGAUUAAGCAUACUGCAACAGGAAAACUCUCUCCUCACCACUGCUACUGUUGUCUACCUUUUCCUAAGACAGUGAAUGAAUAUGAAAAUGUCAAUAGCAGCCACAGGCAGUUUCAGUCGGAUGAUCCGCAGGACAUUAAGGCUACAAUCCAUACCAUACACAGCUGCUGGAAGAUUUAAAUAAAUGAUUGAAUCAGACAGUUACAAGUAAGAACUCUCUGCACUUAUACAACUGUUCCCUGCCUUCAUUUGAAAUUCUUAUUUUAUCUCCAGAAAUACAAACAAUAAAACAGCUACAGCAACACAACUAUAACAAAAAAUAGCCACAAAAGGCCAAUGGAUUCAUGGCUGCAUGCAAUUAAUAUGAGUUGCAAUGCUGCUCAAACUCACCAACCACGGCUUUAUGUGGUGAGGCUGCUGCUUUGUUUAUUUUUAAAAAGUAAGAAUUCUGGCUUAAAGGUGACAGGUGCAGUAAUCUGCCUCUUAAUCACCCUCCUUUUCCCCUGAAACCGCCUGUAUUGUCUCUUCCCCAACUAUGUUUGGACCAAAACUGCCUGGUCUGAGCUUUGCAGUCUUCUAUCCCCCCAUCUGUCAUCACUCCUCUCCAGUUUGGAAAUAAAGCUACUUGAAAAUGCA